UUUCCUAUAGUAACGCAUUUUGUUAAGUAUAUUUUGCUACUUUCAUAUUUUGUAUCAUACGAUUAAUCCAAUAAACGUUUAAAAUAAAUAAAAAAUAUAAAUAUACAACUUCAAAUCCGACACUUAAAAAAAGAAUACUGAAAAAAUCGCAUUUGUUAUAUUCGUCUCGAAUUUUCGACACGCGAUUAAAAGAUGGCACAACAAAAGAAAACUACAAUACCAGGAAUCUCUCAGCCUCCUAGCUUAACUCAAAAAACUCUUGUUAGAAGUUCCAAAACCAUAUUAGUGGAUGCCCAUUACAAACUUGGUAAAAAAAUCGGAAAAGGAAAUUUUGGGGAGGUCCGAAUUGGAAAAGACAUAAGAAAUAACGAAGAUGUUGCCAUAAAAACAGAACCUAUAACAGCAAAAAUACCACAGCUCAUGUUUGAAUACAACAUUUAUAGACAGCUAGGAGCAACGGAUAAAACGCAUAAGAUGAAAGGCAUACCAAAAGUGUACUGUUACAAAUUAGCCGGGACACAAUACAAUGCUUUGGUCUUGGAACUACUGGGUCCAUCUUUGGAAGAUUUAUUCAACGCCUGUGAAAGGAAAUUCACUUUGAAAACUAUUUUAAUGAUCGCUAUACACACUUUGCAUAGGAUAGAAACCGUACACGAAAAAGGAAUUGUGUUCAGAGAUAUCAAGCCCGAAAAUUUCGUCGUUGGCAGGAAUUUAAUGAAAAAAGAUAACAUAAUUUACAUAAUAGAUUUUGGACUAGCAAAAGAGUAUAUCGACCAUAAAACAAAAAAGCAUAUACCUUAUAGAGAAAAAAAAAACCUGACUGGCACAGCUAGAUACAUGAGUAUAAACACUCACCUCGGAAAAGAACAAAGCCGUCGUGACGAUUUGGAGUCCUUGGGUCAUAUGUAUAUGUACUUGGCGCGAGGCUCUUUGCCCUGGCAAGGGCUAAAAGUACAAAACGCAAAGGAAAGAUUUCAAAAAAUUGGCGAGAUGAAAAAAAAUACACCAAUUGAGAGCCUUUGCGAUGGUUACCCUGAAAUGGCUGAAUACAUGAAAUACGUCAGACACCUUGAAUUUUACGAGGAACCCAAUUAUAGAUUUCUCCGACAUAUUUUUACCACCGCCCUUCAUAAAAACGGAUUUGAAGACGAUCAAAUAUUCGAUUGGGUUGACAAAUAAAAAUAAUGCUACCAAUUUA